GUGGGAACCCAGUCAAGAUGCUCGGCGUCGUGUGUAGGUAAACAAGCGUCAACAAGAGUCAGUGCUCGGCGCGUGCUUUCAGUUUGAAUUCAGCGGUGCAUACUAAUAGGCGCAUAUUACGAAGAACGGACGUCACCAGUGUGCCCUCAACACUCAACUAUGGGCUAUUGGAGAGAGCUUUGGGCCUGGAUAUUGAGAGAUCCUGGCAAAAUAAUACGCUAUAUAGUAUUGUUUGUGUGCUCGAUCAUUGUGAUUGUGCAGUUGACCGAGUGCUUUUCCAAACUGUACGACCCACCGAUAUCAACUCAUUCGUAUUAUAAUUUGAACGACACCAUGGAAAUGCCGGCUGUUACCAUUUGUCGCGAUCCGCCUUACAAGGAAACUGUGAUGAAUAAACUUUCGAAUGGCGUAUGUCCGCACCCAAAAUACGUAACCUGUUGGUCCGCUUACCCUUUCAAUGAAUUGGAACUUGAUGAAUUCUUUCAAAAUUCAACAUUUGAUUUGGAAGAAACAUUUCUGGGAGAACAAUAUGGACUUAAUGGGUUUAAGGAAAAUUUGCAAAUCGAAAGUAGCUUACAUUUCAAUCUGGGUCGCUGUUUUACACUGAAGCCAAAAGUAGAAUUGACGCGCACCACACGCUCAACCGGCUAUUCUCUGAUGCUUACGCAUCACGUUGACCCGAGCGCCACAACGGACAUGACAUUGGAAAAUAAUCCAGGUUGGCAUGUUUACAUACACGACUAUCGACAUGAAUUCACAGAACUCAAUGUAAAAGGUGCCGCUCGCAUAGAGUAUAUUUUUGCAGAAAUUAAUGAGGAAAUUGAAAUAAAAUUACAUAGCCAGCAGUUUUCGAAUACAGAAUCCCGAGAUACGCCAUGUUCUUCCAUUCCCAGCUACAGUGACAUGAAGUGUGCCGAGUUAUGCGUUUUCGAAGAGCUCGCCGCCACAGCCAACUGCACUGGUCCUUGGAUGCGCGAUAUACCCCAGAAUCCGUGCAACAGCAGCAAAACAAUGCGAAAUUUGGUAAAGGAGUAUGGAAUCUACUACGCUAGUGACGAUGAUGUAGAAUGUAAUUGCAUACAACGCUGCGAUACACGCAUUUAUUCAACCUACGUACAAAAUAGAAAAACAAUGAGUUUGGGAGCGUCCUACACACAAUUAUGGAUUUACUACACCACAAAAUUAGUAUCGAUGAUUGAAGAGAGUCCCAGCUAUGAUGCCACACAAUUCAUUGCUGAUAUUGGCGGUUCGUUGGGUUUCCUAUUGGGUCUCUCUGUGCUCGGCCUGAUCGGCAUAUUGGAGCAUAUGGCCCUAUUUUUCUGUGGUGGCAUUAUUAAGAAGCAGCUAAAACAUGAAAAACAACUUCAGGACGAAGCAGAACGUCGAUCUCAGAAUAGUCAUGCAACUGACACAACAGUCGAUAUAGCCACUAUAACCAAACAACAAAAUGAGUUGUAUAUGAAAAAUUGAUUCUUGUUUUGGUUUGUUUGUAGAAAUGUAGAUCAUCUUUAUACAUAUAUUAACUUUGGAACUUCAGGGAGCGUUUGUAAGGCCAACUUGGAGAUGAGGGUGAUUUUUAAGCUCUUCUGCUUAUAAUAUCAGCUUGUAGUUAAAUUUCGCGUAGCUAAUUGAAAUUUAAUAAAUUUACAGAAGUGCUGGAAAAUUUUAAAUGUUUUGUAUUUUGUCGUUUCUUAUAUUGAAAUUUAUGUUAUUUACCAUAUUUUUAUAACAAUUUAAGAUGGAAAAGUGGUAUUUGCCUUAAGUAGAAGUUUUCAACUUUUAAAGAAAGCCAACAUCAAGUAACUUUUUUCACUUGAUAAGUUAUAAUCUCAAAAAUACUAGAUUAGUAUUUUUAACUAUAUCAUUUAAAUAAUAUCAUGAAAAAUACAUACCUAACAGUGCUGUCCUAUUUUCUGAUUGCGUAAUUGAAUCUCAAAUUUAUGUCUUAAAAUGUACAAACACAAAUUCUGAAAUUUUAAAAAAAAAAAUUUCAACUCAAAUUUUUCCGCCCCUAAAUUAUGCCACCCUAGGCACCUGCCUAUGUGUCUUUUUUCGGAAAGAAGUCCUUCAGC